AUGCACCGUGACCGAGUCUCCCGCGUCUUCCGUCUUCCGUUCCGCAUAUGCACCACACUCCACUCGCCUCGCGGCAACCUGCUCUGCUUGCUGGCCCUGAACCCUGAACCACCACUGCUGCCCCGUCAUUCCCGGAUGGCCUCGAUGCCUCGAUGCCUCGAUGCCAUCGCGAUGGCCUCAGGGGUCCCUCUUGGCUGCUGCCCCUCUCGGUCACAACCAUGGUCCACCAAGAGCCUGAGACCGCAUACAUGUGCUGUGACGACAGCCUCGAGGCCAAUCUGCCUCGUCAAUCGCCUGCCCCCACAAUUACAUGCAACAGUCUUGCAUCGCAUUCCGACUUCGCUUCCUUCCACAUAUCGCCAGUCGCAGGCAUCCUGCAGGGCACCGCCUCGAUCACACAAAGGCGUCAUAGGCUUCGAGGCCAGCUAUCUGCAUACGCACCUCGAGGCUGCAUACACCGAUGCCACACCAUGUGACAGUGGGCCAUACGAGGGAAUUCAUGAGUCCUCGGUGGACCAGAAGAUCGUCUAUGUGCUGCCCGAUAUCGUCAGGACCGCAGAGUGA